AUGAGGUCUUACAAAGAUUGUAUGAUUGAGAACAAAGAGUUGAAUGUUAUGUUUAAGGAAACCGCCAUAAUUCAAAUUCUGACGAGAAGGCUAUGGGUCCAACAGAAAGAAGCUGAUAUUAUCGCGAAGUGUUCUUCCCGUUCGCUAAACUUUGAGGAUGAAGUCUAUCGUCCUCAACCCCCAGAAGAUGAUGAUUUCUAG